AUGGCUCCCAUCGCCAUCCACAGUUCGACAAAGGACUCGCUCAAUGCUGAGGCCGAAUCUUUCAAGCCAGUCGGCAACAAGCAAGUUGACCCUUACCACUCGGCAACUUCUGCUACUGCUAUCGCUGCGGAAUCCGCAUACGCUGCACACAACUACCACCCUCUGCCGGUCGUCUUCUCGAGGGCACAGGGUGUAGAUGUUUGGGACCCAGAAGGCAAGCACUACCUCGAUUUCCUCUCCGCCUACAGUGCUGUGAACCAAGGUCACUGCCACCCCGAACUCGUCAAGGCUCUCGUUGCCCAGGCCUCGAGACUCACGCUGAGCUCUCGCGCAUUCUACAACGAUGUCUUCCCUCGCUUUGCCGAGAAGGUCACUUCGAUGUUGGGUUUUGAGAUGGUCCUGCCCAUGAACACUGGUGCUGAGGCUGUGGAGACCGCUGUCAAGAUUGCACGCAAAUGGGGAUACAAGGUCAAGGGCAUUCCUGAGAACAAGGCCUGGGUCUUCUCCGCCCAGGAGAACUUCCACGGCAGAACAUUCGCAGCCAUCACCAUGUCCACUGACCCCGAGUCCAGAGACAACUACGGUCCUUACCUGCCUAACAUCGGCUCUUGCAACCCUACCAAUGAUGAGCCUAUUCGCUACAACAACGUUGCUGAUCUCGAGAAGGUGCUCGAGGAGCACGGAAAGAACACUGCGGCUUUCUUGGUCGAGCCCAUCCAGGGUGAAGCUGGCAUUGUCGUGCCGGACGAGGACUACCUCAGAAAAGUGCGUGAGCUGUGCGACAAGCACAACGUCCUGAUGAUCUGUGACGAGAUUCAGACUGGUAUUGCUCGCACUGGUAAGAUGCUGUGCCACGAAUGGAGCGGCAUCAAGCCUGACCUUGUCCUUCUCGGUAAGGCUAUCAGUGGUGGCAUGUACCCUGUUUCUGCUGUUCUCGGCAAGAAGGAAGUCAUGCUCACCGUCGAGCCUGGCACUCAUGGUAGCACUUACGGUGGUAACCCUCUUGGUUCCGCCAUUGCUAUCAGAGCGCUCGAGGUCAUUGAGGAGGAGAACAUGGUUCAGCAGGCUCAGAUCCUUGGUGAGAUGUUCAGACAAGGUCUCCGUGACAUUCAGGCCAAGAACUCGAUGAUUUCCUUGAUCCGUGGUAAGGGUUUGCUUAACGCUAUCGUCAUCGAUGAGAGCAAGACCAACGGCCACAGCGCAUGGGAUCUCUGCAUGUUGAUGAAGGAGAAGGGUCUCUUGGCCAAACCUACCCACCAAAACAUUAUCCGUCUGGCACCUCCUCUUGUCAUCUCCAAAGAGCAAAUCGAGACUUCGCUCAGAAUCAUUGGAGAGGCAGUGGAUGAAUUGCCCAACUUGAAGGGUCAAACAGAGGAGAAGGUACUUCCUCCGGGUGAGAAGAACGUGCACAUUGGCGUUGACAACUGA